UGUGUGAGCGGCGUGAAGGGGAGGAGACUCACAGGGCGGUGCUUGUACGCACACAGCAGCAGUACACGUGCCAGGUACUCCCUCGGCGUGGUUACCUGGAGCGAUUAGCUGCCUAUACCCGAAUUGGUCAUCACGACAACAUCUGUGGUCUGCUGGACGUGGUGAUUGGCCAGGACAGUGUGCAUGCCUUCCUGCCUGGUCACUAUGGUGACAUGCAUGCGUACGUGCGCAACAGGAAGCGCCUGGGCGAAGAGGAGACGAGGCUUCUGUUUGCUCAGAUGCUGAACGCCGUGUCGCACUGUCAUGGCCACGGAGUCAUCCUGAGAGACCUGAAGCUCCGUAGAUUUGUCUUCAUCGACAGAUACAGAACUCGUCUUGCUCUGCUCGGCCUUGACGAGUGCGUCCUCCUGGACGGUAACCACGAGGACGACUCUCUGACAGACAGACAUGGUUGCCCUGCCUAUGUCGGCCCCGAGCUGCUGACCAAUGGGAAGGGGUCUUAUUCUGGUCGUGCUGCAGACAUUUGGAGCUUGGGUGUGUCUUUGUACACCAUGUUGAUAGGACGAUACCCAUUCCAGGACACGCAGCCUGCUGCGCUGUUCACCAAAAUCCGCCGCGGGACUUUCAGCCUGCCUGAUUGGCUGUCACCACAGGCCAAGUGUCUUAUUGGUUGCAUGCUGAGGAAGUUGCCUGCUGAGAGACUGGAGGCAUCGGAGCUGCUGAUGCACCCGUGGCUGACCAAUCCCUGCGCGCCACAUCACAACAUGAACAAGACUCAUCACAGCUCACACACAAUGCCACAGAGUAAACAAGACGAUGACCAGGUGGUGCCAACAUUCAUAGAAAAACACUAACACACUCACUCUUAGAUACAUAUGUUUGUACUUCUGUACUUGUGAGGACCCUCACUUAUCUAAUGCAUCCCAACACCAACCAUCACCCAACCCUUAGGCCUGAAACAUACAUGGCUACAAAUGACGAGGACCGUCUCUGGUAAACACAGCCAAUGUUCACUUUUACAGUGGAGUGGAGUGGAGGUGAUUAGGCUUAGUCCACAGGGGGACAAUAUCAGUCAGCUGAAGCUAUGACCAGGUGAUGAAGUAUCAUACAUAUGUACAUACGAACUUAUUCAGGUAGAGCUUUGUCAAACUUGUCAGCCAUGGUUGUUUUGAGUGGAACCAAAUGGAAGGGACCGGCUUUCUCUUGUUGUUUCAUGCUAUAGUGCCCCCUAGGUGCAAUGCUUAGAUUGCAUAUCGUACCUGUGUCAUGUAGGUGACACUCUCAAAAGUAGAACAUGUGAAACUGAUCUUGCGCAGCUCGAAUUGUCUGCAUUUUCGUACUUGCCUGAAGUCAGCAUCAUGCUUUUAACUAAACUUAACCUGAACUUAAUUGUAACUUUAAUCCUAAUGGUGCUUUCACACUUAACCUGUUUGAUUCAGGUAAUGUAAACUCUGGUGUGCUCGCCUGUUUAGUACAGUUCGUUUGGACUGGUGUGAAAGGGUUUGAGCUCUGAUGCAGACUGAAACAUCCAGACUGCUGAAUUGAGUGUCAUGCCAGUCCCUGUAGAGAUAGAUGCAUAUAGAGAUGAUGUCAUGACAGUUCCCUAGAAGUGAAGCCACCACACGUGCCAGUUCAAGACCACCUUGUUUACAAAAAUCAAAUAGCAUGAAGAAAAUGGACAAUUUCCCAUUUAAUUUGGACGAAAUUAACCAGAAUACAAAUGUGAAAGUGAUCCACAGCCAACUCUGGACCCUCUGAACAUCUCUGACAAAAUGUCCUCACUCCCAUGGUCAAAAACCCAUAUUGGUCCUCACAAGGAUAGACAGACAGCUAUACACACACACACACUACACAGACAGUCUGAUCCUGGAUUACUUGACCCUCAGGUGCCUUCCUCUCUGUAGCUGUCUCAAUUCAAGCUCCGGCUCCUUUGACAGGGGCUUAAACCUGCUGCUCGCCUUCCACAAAUCUCUCUUGCUCUACAUGAGAUUCACAACAGAGUCACCAGUGCCACCAGUUCCUGGCACAAACCAGAACUAAUGGUGUGUUGAGGUGCUCUCAUCAGCUUGUCAAGUGGAGAGUUACUCUGCAGUGUUAAACUGGGAAAUAGAGUUGUGAAAUUUGACUUGACUAGUGUGUUUACAUGCACUUUAAGGCUACACAGGUUAUAUUUUACAUUUUUCCCAUUAAAAGUCCAAAACCAACAAUAAAUUGAAGUUACCUCUGGAUCCAAAGCCUGAUGUAGCUCAUUCCACAGAGCCCAACUGUUGUUCGCACCGGGUGCCAUUCUCUAUUAUAAUAAAAAUUGUUUCUGCUGCUGUAGAUACUCAAACAUACCACAUGUAAACAAAUGCACAGCUGAAAUGAAUCCCUCAGAAAUGAACAACUUCCUCCUGUUUAAGUGACAUCUGCUAGAAACUGGUGCCCAGCUGUAUGUAAAUUUCACAUUUUUUUUCCAAGGGAAACUAUAUAUUCUUGACUUGUUUAUAUAGGUUAGGGAAGUAUUGAGGGACAGACUAACACAAAGUUGCUUAUUUCAUGGGAUUGUCAGAAAAAUAUGAAGUGAUACCAGCCUUAUCCUGAAGUAAACAGCAUUACACUUGGCUUUUUCCAGUAACCUCAUGUAAAUGAGUAAUCUCAUUUCUCCUGCUAUAGUACACAUCUCCUAGAGAAAGGUGGCCUCUUGGCCAUGCAUACAGGUAACCAUAGGAGAUUUUUUUCAUAUAUGAAUGUGCCUGACAAAGACUUUAAAAGUAAAAGUAUCAGAGUGGGUGGAUGAAAGAAGAAGCAAUUAAAUAUCAUGUGCUCUUGCCUUCAAAACUGAAAACCAACAAAGUGGUGUGCAGGAGUCAUGCUUCCAAAAUAAACAUAGGGACAGGAAA